AUGGCCCCUGAUCGUGGAGGUUAUCUCGUCGACGGUCCGUACCGUGGCGGUGGCGACGUGGUCGCGAAGCGUGAGCGUUCCCACGACGGAGUUCGCAACAUGGAGUGCACGUUCGACGUACGACUGCACGCAUGCGUAGGAGUGCCAGUGGCAGUCAAGGUCAGGCACACACUUGCAACGCCGUGCACGCCGGCCACGAGCAGCAUGCGACCGGCCAUGUCGAUGUCGUCUGUUGAGGCGUCGCUCUCCCUACGAGCGUGCAUCGAGCAUGCUGGCCAGAUGGACGUGCAUCGCCGCGCCGACACGAGACGACGACUCGCCUCUGGGCACCGCCGGACGAGCACGCGCGCCCGACGUGAGAGCUCCACCGCAGGAAGCUACGCUGCUCGGCCGCCACGAGCUCCCGCACCGCUGCUGCAGCUUCGCAUCAUCACGACCACGGCAACAGCUCGCGGCCGCCGUGCGCAGUCUGUACCCGUUCGCCCCCGCCACCCGCGCGAGAGCUUCCUCGCUGUUCUCUGCUCGCAGCCCGCCCCGCUCACGGCACCUCGCCGCGCCUCUCGCCCGCGCCCGCGCUCGCUCCAUCUCGACGGUGCAUUGAUCGGGUCGAAUUCACUGCCCUCGCUCCUCGACCGGCCCUCCACCGCGCAGCUGCCGCCGCUCCCCCCCCCCCCCCCCCCCUCCUCUCGCAGCCGUGACAGCCGUCAGCGUGCCUGCGCACCGCGCAAGCUCCUGCUCCGUCCCGCUAGCCUCUCGGUGCCUCGUCGCACCUGCCCCUCGCCGCGAAAGCUGACCACCCGUUCGCGCGUGCUUCGGAGAGCUGCCGCACGCCUUUCUCGUCGCCUCCCCGAACCUGCACCUCCGCAUCCCUCGCCGCACGCCUGCGCAGUUUCAUCCUUGGCCCGAUUUCAUGACGCGCCGCACUCUCUGAGCCACCACCACAACUGCGCCGCCAUCGCCAUCGGAAUCAUGGCAUCGCCGCGCCCCGACGCCGCCGUCCCCGAUCCCAAGCCGGAGGAAGUGCCUAACGGCCACGCGCCCCCGAAAGAGCCUGCCAUGACGGAGCCACCCGUGGGUGCAUCCGCGAGAGAGUCACGCCCGGAGCCUGCCUCCACCAAGGACGCCUCGACGACGCAACAACGCGCCGGUUCCCCCAAGACGGGAGCCGAGAGCUGUGCCCUGAACGGCAGCGGAACGGCGGAUGGCCCGACCAAAUCCGACACCGACGCCGUCGAGACCGACGAGGUAGCCCCCAGAACCGAGGCGGAGUCGACGGCCGCUCAGCCAAAGCCAUCGGAUGGGCCCGAACCGGCCGCAAAGGCCACCGCGGCCGCCUCGACCGAAGAAAAAGUAGUCGAGUCCAAGAAGGACGGUCCGUCUGCGGGACCGGCUCGAGGAGAAGACGAACCCGCACGGGCGGCGAAGCGGUCGACUCCUGCCCGGAGCCCUUCGCGGACCGAGGAUGUUGAAAUGCGCGAAGCCACGCCCCGGACCGACUCUCCGCCGUCGGGCGAAGCCAAAACCGCGAAAGCAACCACGGGGCCUUCCGAGGCCACCGCCGCCGCCGCCGACGGCAAGACGCAAGACGAAGAUAUGACGGAUGCGCCGGCCGAGAGCUCGGCGGGCGCCACGGAGACGGCCCGUGUCGGUGACGCCGCUCCCCCCUCGCAGGAUGCAGCCGCGCUGCCCACGUCCGAAGUUGAUCUGGGCUCGGCCAGCAUGUCCCAGCUCGCCAUCGAGGGAACCGGGAAGGCGUCGCCGGCCGAGGCGUCUCCCGAAGCGCCCAUGGCCGAUGCCCCGGGCGCCAAGGUCGCACGCGAGCGCGAGGAUGACACGGCCGAGGAACCGGCUUCCAAACGGGCCAGGACGGAGCCCAAGGACGACGAGGCGAGCGCCGUCGCGGCUGCCGGCGAGCCGACGGCAAGCUCGUCCACGCCGGCCGGUUCCACCGGCGUGGCGUCCGACGCCCCGGGUCUCGACAUGACGGUUCUCACCAGCCUGACGCGCUGGUCCGACUCGGAGACAAACGCCAAGGAGCUGUCUCCCUUCCAGCGCCGCGAGAUCCGCAAGGUCAUCGGACGCGUCAAGAAGACCAAGGCGGGUGCGCAUUUUCGCGACUCGGUCCAGAAGCUGUGGCCCUUCCUCUGGGACUCGUACAUUGCCCGCAUCGAGAAGCCCAUGGAUCUCUCGGAGCUCGAUCGGAACGUCCGCGACCCCAACAGCUCCAUCGUGACGCUGGGCCAGUUCAGGAAGGAUCUGGCCCUCAUGUUCGAGAACGCGUUGACGUUCAACGGGCCCGCCCACGACAUCACGGCCGCCGCCGCCCAAGCCGUGACGACCAUCUGGCAGGACGUCCUGCCGAUACCGGUCGAGGAGCCCGCCCGACCCAAGGCCGUUCCGAAGGCGAAACCGGCGCGCGAGCCCCGAGCCGUCGUCACCGAAUCGGCGGCGCGGCGACAGUCGACGGCUCCUGCGCCGAGCCCCCUGACCGAGACGGCCGCACCCGUCACUGCCACGCCCCCGGAACCGUACGACGAUCGUAGGGCCUCGACGGCGACGGACGGCGACAGGCCUAAGCGGACGGUCCGGGCGCCGAAGCCCAAGGAUAUCGACUACACGACGAAGCCGUCGCGCAAGAAGCUCAAGCCCGAGCUUCAGUUCUGCGACGAGGUCUUGACGGAAAUCAUGCACCCCAAGCACCACGAGAUCAACCAGUGGUUCCUCGAGCCCGUCGACGCCGAGGGUCUCGGCAUCCCGACGUACCACAACGUCAUCAAGAAGCCCAUGGACCUGGGCAAGGUGCAUCACAACCUGGCGACGGGGGACAUUUCUAGCCUCAAGGACUUUGACAAGAACGUCCGGCUCGUCUUCGACAACUGCUACAAGUUCAACGGCCCCCCGGAUCAGGGCAACCCCGUGUCGGUGCUCGCCAAGCAGCUCGACGACCUGUACGGCGCGCAGAUGAAGAACAAGGAUUCGUGGCUGGCCAGGCACGCGGCCAAGGCGAGCGCGCCCGCGGCCUCGACCUCGAACGCCAGUGACGACGACGAGGAGGAGGACGACGACGGCGAGGAGGCGACCGAGACGAUGCCCAACAAGGCGGAGAUUGAGGCGCUGCAGGCCAAGCUGGAGGAGGAGACGACGAAGCUGAACAAGAUGCUCCUCAGCGCCAACGAAGCCAUGAUCUUGGUUCAAAGAGGCAUCGUCGAUAUGGUCCAGAAUGCUCUCAUCAAGGCGGUCAAGGACGCGCAGACGCAACCGAAGAGCGAGAAGCCGGCGAAGAAGGCCGGCAAGGGCGGCCGGGCCAAGGCGGCGGGCGGCGUCGGAGGUCGCAAAUCCAUCAGCGGGCCCGGCCACGCGAAGAAGUCGGGCGGCGGUUCCAAGAAGGCCAAGAAGAAUCUGACGGCGGCGGAGAAGGACGCCAUCGCCAACGCCAUCAACGAUCUCGACGCCUCUCAUCUCGAUCGCGCCAUAGACAUAAUCAAGACGGACACGGGGCAGAAUGAGAACACGGAAGGCGAGCUCGAGCUCGACAUUGAUCAGCUGAGCACCGAAGCGCUAUCCAAGCUGUGGGAGCUCUGCAAGAAGGCUCUGCCGGGCUUCGGCAAGGACCUGGCCGGCGGCCCCAAGUCGUCGCCAGAGGUCGGCCGGUCGACGGCCAAGCAGGGGGCCAAGUCGGCGUCGAAGCCGAAGAAGAACAAGCCGAUGAGCGCCAAGGAGCAGGAGGCCAAGAUUGCGCAGCUGACUGCCCUCCAAAACAUGUACAACUCGGGACAGGAACCGGGCGAGGGCGAGGGCACCAUCCAGGCGCCGACGCCCAUGGCCGACUCGAGCGACGACUCGGACUCGGAAGAGGAGUAG